AUGGCUCCGACGGUUCAUCAAGUUGCCCGGAUUUUCGAGGACGCAGAAAGCGAGCCUCAGCAGAGAGGACGCCGACUCAACCGCAAUCGAGCACCAUCUGUCGGUGAUGUCCUAAGAGGUCGACGAAAAGAAAACUGCAGUCCUACAAAAGGUCACGUCUCAUCUCAUCGGGACCCUGUCAACGCUGCAAGCCCUCUAGGAGAACGGCACAUUAACAGCCCUCCCCAGCCCAAAAGAAUUCCCACAAAGACCGACGACGACCACGUAUCCCCCCGGCGGCCCAUCCACAAGAAAACAGGGAGUUCGGUAUCAUUGAAAGAUCUCAUACUCGGAAAAGAGAAGGGAACGGAAGGUGGUGGUAUCUCGUCCGCCGAAGAACGAACAACAGAGAAGAAACCGAAGAAGGUUAAAUCAACGGCCAAUCUUUCUGAUCUACUUAAGAGGAGGUCGAAGAAAGAUCUCAGAGAACAAGGACACAAUCAAGAGAAUAACAUACCGCCGUCACAACCUGUCAUUGAGACGCCGAUCUGGGCACAGUUUGCAACACAACCAGUCAGUAGCCCAGACGGCACGAUGCUCUACCCAGGGUCCUCAAGAAGGGCCGUCGAAGAGGAAAUAAGACUGUACACACCUCGAGACUACUCGGAGUUUCGACCAGCAGAGCAGCGAAACUUUUAUGGCUAUAGUCCAGCCACCGCUUCAUCUUUGGACCACAAACCUCCAACCCGUCCUUUUCUGGAGCACAAGUCUAGUAGAAGUUCUAUCUUCACUGAAAAUCUCGACGAUGAGCCACAGACAGAGUUGAAGAGGCCUAAGAGUCGGGAUCCGAACACCAGUCAACCAGGUUCAUCGGCCGUCCCAGUGGAUCGUCCCGGUCUUUCUACUCGAUCAUCAGAAUUGUCUCAGGCAGAUACAAAAGCAAAGAGAGGAUCAAGAGUGUUUGAGGCUAUUCAGAACUUCAACUCGAAAGCUCGCCGCAGUGAUCGUAAAGCAGUUGGAACCCCUACGGGAAGCACGCUCCCGCUGAGUCCGCAGGAGAUCGACACGGCGUUUGAAAAGGUCUUGGAUUCACUCAAUAUACCAUUGAACAUGCGCGACAACAUGCGAAGUCUGAAGCCCGACGUCAAGGCAGGCUUGAUAAAGGGCGAUAGAAUUGGUAGCAAUUCCUCUGCAGACACUACUAAUUCAGAAGUACUUGAAAUUCAGUCAUCUAACAAAAGUCCCACCAAAAAGGAGGUUGAACGGCAAGCAAGUGAGGAAGGGGAUAGGAAGGAUGACAAGAGAUCGCGAUCCCGAUCUCGACCUCGAAGUCGCAUUUUGACCUUGUCGAAGCGUGACGACAGUUCUCCCUCCAAAUUGGAGAAGCAAGGGUCAUCUUCCAGAUCUCGUAGCAAGAGCAGGAACAAGUCAGCCGACCUAACAAGCUCAAGACCUACAUCAGCUCGUGCCAUGGCAUCGACAACGUCUCUUGCCUCAUUGAAUCCAGCAGAUAGUGCCACAACUCCCGGGGAUUUCAUCCAUUAUCUUCGAGAAGUCCAGAAGCCUGAACUGGUCGAGAUCAGCAAAUUGCACAAGCUACGAAUAUUGUUGAGAAACGAAUCAAUCAGCUGGACGGACCAUUUCGUGACCAAGGGCGGCAUGGAUGAACUUCUCCAGUUGUACUACCGUAUUACCAAGAUCGAAUGGCGGGAGGAGCAUGAAGACAAUUUGCUUCACGAGACUCUGCUCUGCUUGAAAGGCCUGUGCACGACCUCUCUUGCACUUCGCCGACUGCAGGAAGUGGAACAGGAGUUUUUUCCGGCUAUUUUGGGCAUGCUGUUCGAUCCAGAACGAAAGGGGCCUUCAGAGUUCAAUACGAGAGGUGUGAUAACAUCACUCCUGUUCGCUCACCUCUCUGCUGCCGUUGUAGGUGAGCCAGAUCAGGUCAAACAGCGCGCAGAAAAGAUCCUCGGAUUUCUCAAGGAUCCACAUCCGACAGACGGAAAACAGCCAUUGGACUUUGUGUCCCAGAUGCAUGUGCCUCGGCCGUAUCGUGUUUGGUGCAAGGAGGUUGUUAAUGUCACCAAAGAAGUCUUCUGGAUUUUCCUGCAUCAUCUCAAUGUGGUCCCCAUUCUCGAGGCCGAUGAGACCCUUGGUUAUCUACGUGCACAUUUUCCGGCCCCAAGACCGCCGCAUCCAGCAGCUCCAUAUGUCGGCGGAGUCGAAUGGGAAGCGACACAGUAUCUCGCUAUACACUUGGACCUCCUAAAUGGUCUGAUUGCUUCACUACCGACGUCAUCCGAGCGCAAUGCACUGAGAGAAGACCUCAAGCAGUCAGGGUUCGAGAAAAUUAUGGGAGCAAGUCUGCGCACUUGCAAGGAGAAAUUUUAUGGUGGAGUUCAUGAAGGGCUGAAGUGCUGGGUGUCGGCAGCCAAGGCAGAUGGAUGGCCCGUCGAGGACGUGCGAGCUGGACCACCACGAGAGCCUGCGAGUCCCCGAAAGAGCCCUGUUAAAAAGAGAACAGAUGAAGCACCUCAACUUGCCCUGGAUGUCGGAGUGGGCCAAGUACAGAUGACGAAAGCAGACGACUGGAUAUGAGGUGGAGCGAUGCAAGGAUUCUCGCCUCGCGAGGAUGUAAUGGGUGAAGUAACUACGUCGUCGACGAUGAAAGAGGGCAUGACUUGACGGCUUUGGCAUACAUUUUCCCUCUUGGUUGUGAUGAUAAUUCUGUGACAAUGGCGUAUGAGCGGGUUCUUUGGGUACGACGGCAUGGCCAUCCACCUGUGUAUGGACGGCCUUCCUGGAUGACGGUUUGUUGUUUAUGAUAUGAAGUCAAUGAUAAGUGCUUUUGCAGACUCAAGCGGAUGAAGGC